AUGGCCGUUGAAUACUAUUACAAAGUACUUGGCAAUCAUAUCCAAUCGUUAAAUCCCAAAUUUCAAGAGAAGUUUUGUAUAAAACAAUCAUUAUAUAAUGAUAUUAUCCUUGUUCUACGAGAUGGUUGGGGGGAUCCUCAGUUCAAAUUUUGGGCACAUAAAAACUUCAAAUUGAUCAAAAUUGGUGUUGGGUGUUUUGUGUAUGAUAUAAAAUCUAAUCGUCCUAUUGUUACAUAUGAGAAUCUGUAUAUGAAAAUUAAAGAAUGUCAUGAGGAAGUUCAUCAUCAGGGACGAGACAAAACGUGGCUAGAAGUGAAGGCUCGUUAUUCAUGGAUUCCAAUUUAUUCCAUCAAACUUUUUAUUUCACAAUGUAGUGUAUGCCGCCAUAGAACAUAUGCACCAAAAUCAAUAGCUGUAAAGCCAUAUGUAUCUGAAGGAUAUUUGACUCGUCUUCAAUUGGAACUGAUAGAUAUGACAAGUGUCCCAGAUGAAGAAUAUAAAUGGAUUCUCCAUGUAACGGAUCAUUUUACCAAAUUUACUUGGGCUUAUCCACUCAAAUCUAGCAAGAUUGAAUCUAUUACUGCACAACUUCUACAACAGUUUUCUUCUUUCGGUAUACCACAUACUUUGCAAUCUAGCAUGGGGGAAUGGUUUGUAGCCAAUAUUAUACGAGAUCUAAAAACAACUUGGGCAAGCCUCACUGUUAUCAGCAAUCAGUCUGUCAAUACCGAAAUACAAUGUUUUGUUCAGCAUAACAGUCAAGUAAUUAAGUCAGCUCUUUAUAAAUGGAUGAAAUCGAAUAGUUGUAAAACGUGGUCUAAAGGCUUAGCACAAGUUGUGUAUUCAAUCAAUACCAGUUCUUUCCAGUCGAUAAAGAAAACUCCCUACGAAAUAGUAUUUGGUUCAAAAGCAAUGUAUGGCAUCGCCACGAAGCAAGUCUUAUCCAAGCAACGUGUUAUAUAUAAUGAGAGUUUUCGAAAGGACUAUAUUCGUAUAUUGAAUGAAUGUGAGAAUCAAACGGACUCUAUUGAAGAUACAACAUCUAUGCGUAUGGAUGCUUCAUCAGUUUCUCUGAAUUUAGUAUACGAUGCAUCAUCAAGUAUAAUUUGGUCAAGUUCAACACCACCAAAAUUUCAUGUGCCCACCUGUACGAGAAAGAGACCAAGUAGCGAAUUAUUUCCCAAUGAACAAAUCGAGCUAAUCAAUCCUGUUAAAACUGUAAAGUCUAAGAAAAUUUCUCGUGUCGAUAUUUCGUUAGUCGAAAACUCUAAUAGCAUAGACGAUUAUUCAGUUCAUAAUAAGCAAAAGCUACAAUUUGAAGCGGAGACCAUGAAGACGCCUAAUCCCUUCAAGCGAACAGAAGUAUCUCAAUAUACAUUAAAUCACCAUCAAUAUAAGGUCGGUGACUUAGUGGGUUUAAAGAUUCCCGAUACAAACGAAUUUAACUCGAUACCUGAAAUAUUGCCAUGUAAAAUAAUAUCAGUUCAUACAAGUUCGGAUAAUAUAGAUACAUUCCAAUUAUGCACGUCAAAAUGUAUACUUUCAUCAAGAUUUUCAACCUCUGACUUAUUAAGUUUGCCCCAUAAUAACUUUUGUGGCGUGUCCGACAUUGAUUCAAAACUUUUGCCAAUAAUGGCAUUAGAACAAGUAUGGAAUGCACAUAUAAGUAGGAAAUGA